GAUUUCUUUAACAAAGAAUUUAUUAAAUUCUCUUAUAUCAAAUAAUAAAAAUAUUAAAUGUUUAUGUUUAGAUUAUAAACCUUUUAUACCAACAAAUGAUUCUAAAGAGAUUAUGAAAUUAUUCACAAAAGUUAUUGAACAACAAAAAAAUUUGGAGACAUUGGAUAUUUCAGAUUCAACUGAUACUUUCACUUAUAAGAGAUUUCAUCCUUCUUUAAUCACUCAAGCCAAUAGUUUAACAUUCUUGAGAUUGGAAUUUCAAAUUACUAUUGAUCAUUUCUUUUUAUUAAUAUUGGAAUUAAAAUGUUUGCAUACGAUAGAAUUACCAGUAGUACCUUAUCAAGAUUUUCUAGUUGAUAAUAAUAGUAAUAUUUUAACGAGAGAAGAUAAAAUCACUUUUGAAUCUGUUUCAAAGAAUACGAUCAUCAAAUUUAAUCUUAAAAAUAUUUUCUUCUUACCAAAGGAAGGUUAUCCACAUAGAUCUGAAGAUUCUUGUAAGGUAUUACAAACUUUAUUGGAAUAUUCAAACAAAUCUGUUGAAACUCUUACUAUAUUUUCUUUAUCGAACGAUUUUAUUCCAACAAUUUCUUUAAAUUGUCCAAAUAUAACUCAUAUAUCAAUGAUAAUAGAUAAUAAUAAUUUGAUAUCUUGUUUAAAAUUAUUCUCAGAAUUACAAAAUUUAUAUCAUUUAAAAUUAAAAUCUUCAAAUAUUCCUAUCGUCACUACUACUACAAUUGAUAGAUUACAAAUUUAUUUUGAUGAAAAUAUUAUUUGGGAUUUAGUUAAACAAAUUCCUAUAACAUUAAAGAUAUUGGAAUUAGAUCUUUUGAUAUCAAGUAAAGAUUUGAAAAAAUUCUUAUUGGAAAAUUGUGAGGCUUCAUUGAAAGAAAUAACUUUUCAUAAUAAAGAAUUGAUAACCAAUCAACAUUUUAAAGUAUUAUUAGAAUAUGUUGAAAAAAAGAAAUCUUUAAGAAAGUUUAGUUUUAAUAGUAAUUAUUUGAAUGAUGAUUAUUUUCUUGAUAGUGGUGGUAGUAAUAAUAAUAAUGAUGAUGAUGGUGAUGAUGAUGAUGAUGAUGAUGAUAAUGAUGGUAACAAUUAUUAUGAUGGUAUGAAAUCAAAAGAAUAUUCUGGUUAUAUAUAUUUAGAAGAAUUGAUGAGAUUGAUACCUGAGAUUUCUGAUCCUAUAGAUGUUGUUAAUCCUUUUUAUGAAUAUUAAAUAUUAUGACUAAAUUGUUGGGUAAAUUUGUAGGAUGUUAUAUAAAUAAAUAUUUGUAUGGUUUUUUUUUUAGCAAUAAAUUACAUGAUUAACAAUACAUCACUCGUUAUCAUCCCGUGAGAUCUCAUUUGUCACACAAUUUAAUUAUUUAUAUCACAUGAGCGAAUGUUUUUUUU